AUGCGCCCCACUGGUGGCUGCUGCUUCUAUCUUGAAAAAUGUUACCUACGUGCAGCCUGUGGUGGUGAUAUCACCGCUGAAGGUCCUGGGGUGAAACUGACCAUCAGACGGGAAAAGAAAAAAAGGAAACGUAGUCGAAGUAGAUCUUCCUCGGUGUCUUCCUCCUCCUCUUCAUCGUCGUCUUCAUCACGUUCAUCAUCGUCAUCCUCUUCGUGCUCUUCUUCAGCUUCCAGCAGUAGAAGCAGCUCCAGCAGUAGAGAUGUGAAAAAACACAAAUCUAAGAACUCCAUUAAAGAGAAACAAAACAAGAAGAAAAGAAAAAAAGACAGCAAAGUAAAGAAAAAGAAGAAGAAGAAGAAACAAGAGGAAUCCAGACCUGUGCAGAUAUCCAAGUACCUUAAGGAGAAGAAGAAGAAUGAGAACUACAGUAUGAUAACAGGGAAGAAAAUUAAAAUGAAAGUGAAAAAGAGCAAAGAGGACAAAGAGAGAGACAGGAAUCGAGCAGAACUGUUGGAAUUCCUCAAUUCGUCCAUGUGACCGAAUGAUCCAACCUGUGUAUGUGGGACAGUAGACCUCAUGGUGCAAUCUAUCAACUUCUUCUAUUCUAACAUUGCCUGACAUUUCAUAGAGAAUGCAAUGCUGAA